UCCGCGCCUGUUGUUGCCCACAUUCUCCAAAGUGUUCUUUGUACUCCGAUUGGCUCCGAUUACUCUGGAGCUGAAACGAAUAUGGCCGUCUGACAAAACAUUCCAGGCAUAGCAGCGAUCGACGACAUCGUGUCGCUUUUAUUCGGACAUGUUGAACAACGGCCAUGGAACCACGUUAUCUUGACCGAAAUUUCUUGUCGUACGAGUGACGCAACGACGUCGGCGUAAACGUGGGAUUGGAGAGAGUGCGGAAGGUGCGCGCGGUCAUCCGCGAGGAACUCUAUUUUCUAGUUCGUCUGUGAGAAAAAAAAAAGUAAUAGAUACGCAGACGAUCUAGCUAGUGAUCGGGAGGGUGAACGGAUCGGGAAACGAUCGUGAACCGAUUUGUGACGUAUCAUCGCUCCACAACGAGGACGAGAUAGAUAGAGAGAGAAAGAGAGAGAAAAAGAAAAAGAGAGAGACAGAGAUAGACAUAAAGAAGGAAUUGAUCGUUCAAGAUCAUGACAAUUUUAUCGAAGAAGAAGACGAAUGCGUCGAAGGACAGAACGCGCGAGGGAGGCGCCGGAUCCGAGGUCGACGUCCAUCACGGGGUGCAGAACGAGCACAGUUCCGGCAGCAUUGCGCUCCCGAACAGUCCUUAUCAGGUACGGGGCGCCAGCGGCUUUGCCGUCGAUCUACAUGGAGUCCAAAGCGAUCAUGGAUCUCAUAGCGGUUCUCUCGUGUUAACUGGCAACUCGUACGAGACAAACGUUGACCGCCGCGAAGACAAACAUUUUGAAGAUGGGAGUGGCCCAAGUCAUGGUAAACGUCACAGACAGAGAGUCAGUCCCCACAGCUGUAUUGGUAGACCUUCACGCACAAAGCGUGAACGAGAGAGGGAUAGAGGCAGGGGAAGAGAGAGAGAAAGAGAACGCGAGAGACAGGCUACUCCACCUGCUGCUUCUUGCAAUGGUCCGCAAGGCACAGAUACUAACGUAAGUGGAAGAGGCAUUGUCGGAAAUACCUCAAAUUUAGAUGAGUUGGCAACUGGCUACAACAGUGGAGAUGAGUAUACAGGACGUACUGAAAAUAAUCUUACGUUAGCUGAAUGGCAGGAAAGAGAUAGAUGGUUUGAGAAACGUCUGAAGAAAAAGGGGCUUAUAUUAAAGAAGAUGGCGGAGGAUGGAGCUUGUUUAUUUAGAGCUGUAGCAGACCAGAUUUAUGGCGAUCAAGAAAUGCAUGGCGUUGUGCGAAAACACUGUAUGGAUUAUAUUGCUUCUAAUCAGGAAUUUUUCUCUCAUUUUGUGGCAGAAGAUUUUAGCACGUAUGUAGACAGGAAAAGACAAGAGUAUGUACAUGGAAAUCAUAUAGAAAUGCAAGCUAUGUCAGAAAUUUACAAUCGUACUAUCCAAUUAUAUUGUUAUAGCACUGAACCUAUUAAUAUUUUUCAUACCAUGGUGGAAAGUGAUGAACCAAUGAAUGAACCAAUCCGGCUGUCAUACCAGCGUGGUAGUCAUUAUAAUAGUAUAGUUGAUCCAUUUAAAGCUACUGUAGGCGUUGGACUUGGUCUACCAUCAUACAAUCCUGGUGCCGCUGAUCGAGCUCUGAUAUCAGAUGCAGUUCGUCAGAGUGAGGAAUUGCAUAUUGAACAGACAAUGCUGGAGGAUAAGAUAAAGGCUACCGACUGGGAGGCGACUAAUGAAGCUAUUGAGGAGCAAGUAGCUCGUGAAAGCUAUUUGCAAUGGUUGCGUGAUAAUGAAAUGCGUAAGGCACGAUCAGCCAGUAGUAGCAGUACGAGCACAGUUACGAGCGCGCAACAUAAUCAUUCACACUUUCAUUCACAUGGAGGUCGUGGACAGCAACGUAGCCAUACCUCUUCUCCGACUACGACACAAACUAGCCAAGAUAACUUACGUAAUUCUCCAAAGAUCAGUGAUGCAGUACGAUAUAAUAAGAGAUCGCCACAACAUCAAUCGACUCAAGGAUCUAGCAUAUCCCAUUUGUCGUCAGAUUUUGAGGCGAAAAUGAUGUCGCAAGAGCCUGUACCAGGAAGCAGCAAGGAGGCAAAUGCAUCACCCGAUAUCUCGUUGUUCAAUCGCCUCCCUCCUGAAGUAUUCGGUUUGACGGAUUGGGAAGAUAGUCAAAUACUUUCACAAGUGUUGGCAACGUCACAACAAGAGUACUUGGAUAGCUUGAAGCAGUCACGCGUAUCCGUGUCCACCGGAAACGAUAGCGCCAAUACGAUAGAGUCUAGUAACAGUUCUAUUAACAAUUCUUGAAAUGCGGUCAGUAACGACAAAGUUCAAAAGAUAUCAGAGUAAAGAUAUAUACAUUUAUAUAUUGCAAUAUCAUCUAAUCCCGUAUAGUGGUAGGACAUAAAGCGAUUUGCUUUCUUAUUCGUGAGUAAAUGUUGCAAUAAUCAUUAUUUGGUUUUUUUCUCUUUAUCUCUCUCAACAAAA